CAACAUUGCAGCGCUAAGGUGUUUUGUAUCAAGUAUACUUUUGGCUCGGCGCCGUUGCCCACACCACUGCUCUCAUUGGCCAGCCUCAAUCAACUAGUAGCCACUCUUGGUCCUGGGGCUGAUCCCCCCCUCUCCCUAAAAGCACCCACGGCGAAACGCCCCCUCUUGAGUGAAAAGCCCAGGCGGCAAAAGCGGUGGUGCACCAACGCUCCUUUUAAUACGCCUGCCCUCCUUCGCCCUCUCAGCCUGGCUUGCGCCAACCAACCGUCCUACCGCCGUGUCCUGUUCAACAAGCAGCGUGCCGCAUUUUCCAGCGUCAUCACCUCCUGCCAUCAAUUUUGGCCCGCCGUCCCGUUUCUACGAUUUUUUCUGCGGGCGACAGUUUACCUGCUAGAGCGUCGUCAUCGCUGCACGACGAAAAACCCUCCGCUCCCCUGUGAGCAGUAACUCUCGACUCCCACCCGACAGCCAGUAUCCUCGACAAAAAUUCACAGCAGUCAUCACCCACUACCAAAAGUCAACAUGGCGGAUCCUUUUGCUCCGCGCACUAUGAAGCGCAAGAACGUGAAAGGCCUUGCCUUGAACUCAAAUGCCCCGCCAAGAUCAUUCAGCGGCCAACAAGUCCCAGAAGAUGAUGGACGAUUGGAGAUUGGUAUCGAAUACAGAUUGGAUUUGAAACAAGAGGACUUAGAGGUCGUCAAAGAGCUCGGCUCUGGUAAUGGAGGAACCGUUAGCAAGGUCAGACACAAGGAAUCAGGCCUCCUCAUGGCCAGAAAGGUCAUCCAUGUUGAAGCUAAGCGCGAGAUGCGUAAAAGAAUUGUACGAGAACUUCAGAUCAUGCACGGAUGCAGCUCUGAAUACAUCGUCAUGUUCUACGGUGCCUUUCUUAAUAGCAACAACGACGUUAUAAUGUGUAUGGAAUACAUGGACUUUGGUUCGCUUGAUCGAGUAACCAAAGUCUUCGGCCCAGUUCGCAUUGAUGUGCUUGGCAAAAUCGCCGUUGCCACACUUGGCGGACUGACAUACCUAUACCAAAACCAUCACAUUAUGCACCGUGAUAUCAAGCCCUCAAACAUUCUAAUCAACUCGAAGGGAGAUAUUAGACUCUGCGACUUUGGCGUGUCUGGAGAACUCAUCAACUCCAUCGCCGAUACCUUUGUAGGCACCUCCACAUACAUGGCGCCUGAAAGAAUCCAAGGUGACAAAUACACUGUCAAGUCGGACGUGUGGAGUUUUGGUCUCACCAUCAUGGAACUUGCCAUUGGAUCUUUCCCAUUCGUCCCUGCUGCAAAGGCUAACGAGGCCAACGAGCCUGGAGAGCCUGGAGAGCCUGGAGAGCCAGAAGAUGAGGAAGAGGAGGAAGACGGAAAGGGACCACGACCCCUCGGUAUAUUGGACUUGCUUCAACGGAUUGUUCAUGAACCUCCCCCAACGCUGCCAGAAUCAGAUGCUUUCCCAAGCAUUUUGACUAACAUGAUUUCGCUAUGUAUGGCCAAACAGCCUGAACAUCGACCAACACCUCAAGCUCUCUUGGAACGCGAUUCCUUUAUCCAAGCUGCGAAGCGAACACCUGUGGAUGUUGCAGCCUGGGCCAUCAGUAUGAUGAAUCGGGAUAACCGCAAAUCGCACCUGCUGCACUCUGGUGCUCCAUCAUUGAGAGAACUGUAUGAAGCUGAGCAAGCUGAACGCAACAGGAUGGGCCCUGCUCAGAUUAUAGCGAGAAGGCAACCAAGAGCGGAAAUCCAAAGACUCCUGACUAAGAUGUCUACACGCCGACCCGCUCCAAGACCGGCGGCUGUGGCUGAUACAAGUUCCGUGAAGACACCUGUGGCGGCCCAUCCACCCCCAUCCGCACGGCAAAUUGUUAGCCCACAACCGUCGCCAAGCUACAGCGAUUCCUCGUCAGGGCCGUCUACAGCCACUGCGGCUACAUUUAGUCUACCUGUUCGAUCAGGUCCUCCUGGCGGACCUCUACCUACACCUCCUGCCUACCCUGUCUCUGAUGAUAUGCGCAGCGACAGAAGUUCUAGAAGCGAAAGGACGGAGCGAGCAGAACGACCAAGACAAGCUGAUAGAUCCAAUAGAUCCGAGAGAUCGGAAAGAUCUGAUCGGACUGAGCGGCCUGCAGUCAGACACAUGCAAUACGGCAUUCCUGCCAACCCUAGUCCUAGCAGCAGGUACUGAGGGCGCAGCGGAAGCUCACUAUCUCAACCUUUUAAAAACAAAUAAACAAACAAAUACGUCUGUCGAAUUGUAAGCAACUACGCCGAUCUUUAGCGCUUCUUUUCUUUUCCUUUUUUUUGUUACUGUUGGGCUGAGAGAAGCUUCUCAGUCGGUCCAUUGAGAAAUUGACGAUAUGGAACAUUGAAUCAGAAGUAUCGCCGGAUGUAUAUUUUUGUUCAGCGAAGAGGAUGGUAGGAACUUUCAUUGAGGAUUUCUUUUAGCGCACAUGAUGCAUUUGAUAAUGUUCAAUAUAUUUGAAGUUUAACGAAUAUCCAAUGUUAGUUAUACUGUAGUAAUGAUGGCGAAUGUUUACUCUAUGCUGGCAACGAAGCCACGCUCUAAGAUAUCUACAAGCUCAUCUAGUUGAGUGAUGGCUAAAUCAGUGCAAUCGUGUUCCUUGAGAUGGGCGUUCGCAGCAUUGGUGAGUAAUACCGUCGCAGCACCGGCAGCUCUACCAGCCGCCAUAUCAUCGAUAGAAUCCCCAACCAUGAUAAGCCCAGUUGCAUCCCCUUGACAAUCCUCGGACAAGAGUCCCCAUGCCUUGGCAAUGUGCAAAAUACCGGCAGGGUGCGGUUUAGGCGGUUCAAAUUCUCGAGUAACCACCGGCGCGAACGGUUUAUGGUUGGUCAGAAAUUUACCGACCAGGUGCUCGACAGGGAGUGGGAAGUUGCGGGUACAAAUAGCCUUUGGAACGGCCUUUGAAUCAAGAUAGCUCAUCAGAGCAUCCAAGCCAGGCUGAGGAGCUUGCUUUACCAUAGCUUCACGCUCGAUGUUCUGGAUCUUUUCAUGGGCGGCUUCCUGCUCUGCCGUAGGCAAGGACUUGAUGUGGUCGAGAAUAUCUACCGAUUUCGAAAUCCCAAGUGCAUCUCGCAUGAGUGGGAACAUGUAAUUUUGCGGCAGGCUAGAGUGUGCCGUCCAUGUCGAAGACGAUGCCUCGGAGCUUGGGUGCGUCUGAAUUUGCGCCUGCUCGUAGAGGAGCAAACUUUCUAGAGGUUUUGGUCGCCAUUGUGCUGGCGAACCGUCUCAUGAGGCUGUGCGUUGGAUGUGCAGUGCAAGCCUCUCGCGCAGUGUUGUAGCCGUGAUGUCUUAGUGAAUGAAGGUUUCUCGUAGCGCUAAAUGUUGGCUAAGGCUAAGUUAGCUCCAACGUGGGCAGCUCGGCCCGCUACGCUGAUGACGUUGGUGGGCGCUUAAGCUACAGGGCGCGCGCCGAAACGUCUAGAUUUACGAGUGGAAGAAACGAAAGUGCAACGGUAGAAAAUAAAAAAUAAU